UUUAUUGUAGCAAGAAAAGAAAGAGCUUUGUUACUCUGUUUCACUCUGAUUUUUUUCGUCGUCUUCUACCUCUGUCAAGGACAGUGGAGCAAUCUCAAAAGAAUAAAUAUAUAACAAACCUUUCAGAUUCGCCGCUUAUGUCCGAAUUCGACCGUGCAAGUGGCACUGUCACACAUAUAUAUCCAUACAUAUUCCCAAAAGAAAAACCAUAUUCAUAAUCAUGAGCCUCACUCACACCAUCAAGCUCUAACCUUUAUCUCCUUCAGGAUCUUCUUCCCAUAUAUUCGUACAGAAAAAAGUCGAAGGGAAGUAUUACAAGAAUAUCCCAGAAGCCAAACAAGGGGAAUUAGCUAGAGUGAAAAGUUUUUGCCGUGAUUGAAUGAUGAAUCAGUCGAAGGAGAAGCUCAAAGGGUUUUUCAACAACAGAUGGCUCGUUUUUGUGGCCGCAAUGUGGUUGCAAUCGACGGCUGGGGUUGGAUAUUUGUUCGGCAGCAUAUCUCCGGUCAUAAAGAGCUCUUUGAAUUAUAAUCAGAGGCAGCUCGCAAGGUUGGGUGUGGCUAAGGAUCUUGGAGACUCUGUUGGGUUCUUUGCUGGGAGCUUGAGUGAGAUUCUGCCCAUGUGGGCUGCACUACUCGUUGGGGCUUUCAAGAAUUUUAUUGGGUAUGGCUGGGUUUGGCUGAUUGUUACUGGGAAAGCUCCAGUUUUGCCAUUGUGGGCUAUAUGCAUACUUAUAUUUGUAGGGACAAAUGGUGAGACCUACUUCAAUACAGCUUCUCUGGUUUCCUGUGUUCAAAACUUUCCAAAAAGUAGGGGUCCUGUAGUCGGUAUUUUGAAGGGCUUUGCAGGCUUAAGUGGUGCAAUUUUGACACAGAUAUACACAAUGAUCCACUCACCGGACAAAGCUUCUAUUGUUUUCAUGGUUGCAGUUGCUCCAACCAUGGUGACUAUUGCUUUAAUGUUUCUUGUCAGACCCGUUGGAGGUCAUAAACAGGUCCGACCAACUGAUGGGACGAGCUUCACAUUAAUCUACAGCGUGUGUAUACUAUUGGCUGCUUAUUUGUUGGGGGUCAUGCUAGUACAAGAUCUAGUUGAUGUUAGCCAUACUGUUAUAAUAAUUUUUACAGUAAUCUUGUUCAUAAUUCUCUUAGUCCCUAUUGUUAUUCCUGUGUCAUUGAGUUUAGCUUCGGAACCAAGAAGCGCUCCAGAUCAAGAAGAGGCUUUCCUAGCUCAGCUACAUCAAGAGGAAACUGAGCCAGGUGCGACUAGUGAUAGUGAGGUUAUAUUGAGUGAACUUGAAGAUGAGAAGCCCAAGGAAGUGGACUUGCUUCCAAGAUCAGAAAGAAAAAAACGAAUUGCGCAAUUGCAAACGAAAUUACUACAAGCAGCUGCUGAAGGAGCCGUGAGGGUGAAGAGGAGAGGGCCACGCAGAGGGGAAAAUUUCACCUUGAUGCAAGCUUUGAUCAAAGCAGACUUUUGGCUUAUUUUUGUGUCACUUAUGUUAGGUUCUGGAACUGGUUUGACAGUGAUCGACAACUUGGGGCAGCUGAGCCAAUCUCUUGGUUAUGAUAAUACACAUAUUUUUGUUUCCAUGAUCAGUAUUUGGAACUUCUUAGGCCGAGUUGCAGGUGGUUACUUCUCUGAGAUUGUAGUGAGGGAUUAUGCUUAUCCAAGACCAAUGGUAAUGGGUAUAGCUCAACUUGUUAUGUCAGUUGGGUAUCUUUAUGUUGCAUUUGCAUUGCCUGGGGCACUAUAUGUUGGAACAGUUUUGAUUGGGACUGGUUAUGGUUUUCACUGGGCAAUUGUACCAGCUGCUGCCUCUGAAUUGUUUGGCUUGAAAAACUUUGGAGCUUUGUACAACUUUCUCACAAUGGCAAACCCUGCUGGAUGUCUAAUCUUCUCUGGCCUUAUUGCUGGUCCUUUAUACGACCGUGAAGCAGAGAAGCAAGCUCAUGGCCAACACCUCCGGCAGCAGAUCGCAGGAUCAAUAUUCUCGAGCUUUCUCGGCAUGGAUGAAUCACUGACAUGUGUUGGCUCCACAUGCUUCUUCCUGACUUUGAUCAUAUUGUGUUGCUUCUCUGUGCUUGGAUUUGUCUUAAGCAUGAUUAUUGUGCAUAGAACCAAGGCUGUAUACUCCCAACUCUAUGGAGGCUUUCGAUCUACACCGCCAGUCUCAUAAUCGAAAUAUCCAAUUUUUGAUGAGGCUGGUCAAGAUUUUGUUUCCAAGUUUCUGUUAGAUUAUGUCAAAACAUUGAAUUUUCAGUCAAGAUGUUGUUUAAAUAAAGUUUCCCUCUUGUGCUAGAACGAGAAAACUGCAUUUUUUUCCAAAUUUGGGCUCUUCAUGAUGACAU